AUGAAUCAGGACGCGGAACAGGAAGACUUUGUGCGCUUAUUGAAGCAGCUGAAUCUCGUCCAGUCCGUGGAGCAGGCCCAGCAAUUGGAGAAGGAGCAUCGCUUUUGGGACACGCAGCCAGUACCCACGCUGCAGGACCAAAACGGUGGAGAUAGUCCCGACUGUCCUCGUGGACCCAUCGAUGUUCCCCAAAAGACACCCGACCAAGUCCGACAGGAGCCGUACCACAUGCCUUCAGGUUUCACUUGGUCCAUCCUCGACGUGAUGGACCCUUCUCAGGCCAAGGAACUGUACGAGUUGCUCUCCAACAACUACGUGGAGGACACUGACAGCACCUUCCGCUUCGACUACUCCGUCGACUUCUUACAGUGGGCUCUCACCCCUCCCGGCUACCAUAAAGACUGGCACAUUGGGGUACGCAGUACACACAACAACCAGCUCAUGGCCUUCAUCGCGGGCAUUCCGGCUCAACUUCGGGUCUACCACGAGACUUUGAAGAUGGCAGAGAUCAAUUUCCUGUGCGUCCACAAGAGGCUAAGAGAUCGACGCUUGGCUCCUGUGCUGAUCAAGGAAGUGACACGGAGAGUGAACCUCCUUGAUAUCUGGCAAGCAGUGUAUACGGCUGGAGUGGUCUUGCCCAUGCCGGUGACGCAGUGUCGGUAUUUCCAUCGGUCUUUGAACCCAAAGAAACUGAUCGAAGUGGGGUUUUCUCCUCUCCCUCCUAGGAUGACACUGGCACAGACGAUCAAGACGCUGAAGCUGCCUACGCGCACAUCGACACUCGGUUUUAGAGCAAUGGAGCGGACCGAUGUACCUGCAGUCAGGCGGUUGCUGAGGGAUUACCUGGCCAAGUUCCAUCUCGCAGCGGAGUUCAGUGAAGAGGAGGUGGCGCAUUGGAUGGUGCCGCGUGUUGGAGUCGUGAACGCCUACGUGGUGGAAGAUCCAACAACUCAAGAAGUUACAGACGUAUGCAGUUUUUACCACUUGCCGUCGACGAUCAUUGGCAAUGACAACCACAAGAAACUCAGUGCCGUCUACUCGUUCUACAAUGUGGCCAGGUCGGUGACGCUCGCACAAUUGAUGCAGGACGCACUGGUUAUGGCGAAGAGGGAGAAUGCAGAUGUGUUCAAUGCGCUCGACGUCAUGGAGAAUGUCGACAUGCUACAACCGCUCAAGUUCGGACCUGGUAGUGGCGAGCUGCAGUAUUACCUGUUCAAUUGGCGCUGCCCGCGGAUGUCUAGCGAUCGUGUGGGCGUCGUGCUGUGCUAG